AUGUCCAAGGACGAUGUGGGCUGCAAGUUGACCUCCGUCUACAAGCACAAGGAGAGGAAGCCAAAAAAGCCCCACUACAUCCCAAGGCCAUGGGGCAAGCCAUACAACUACAAGUGUUUCCAGUGCCCCUUCACCUGCAUGGAGAAGUCCCACCUCUACAACCACAUGAAGUACAGCCUGUGCAAGAACUCCCUCUCCCUCCUCAUCGAGUCCGACUGGCCCUACAAGAAGGGCAAUCUGCUCCACCCGGAGCUGCGGCUCCUGCACGCAACAGAGACCUCCCGCCUGCGUGGGCGGCGGGACGAGCGGGAGACCUGCGACUCCUCGGCCGCAUCGGGAGGGUCGGUUAGGACGAAGCAGGCCGCCGGCAGGGACGGCCACGAGGACAAGCUGACGUCAGGGGUGGAGAUCCUGCCUGCUGAAGGGGCUGGGGAAGAAGGCGGCCCGUUCCAAGAGGAGGAGGAGGACGUUGCUGGCCUGUUGAGGGAGAUGGAUGCAGGGGAGAAGAAGGAGAAAAACGAAGAGGCAGGCUGCCGAGGUGACCCAGCUGAGCCAGAAGUGAACACUUUGGUCUUUGGUUUUAAGAACAAGAGGGACAAACCUUGCAAGGAGGUGGAGCCCGACUUCAUCAUCACGGACGUCUUCUCCCUCAAGAACCACGUCGUGAAAAGCAGGGAAAUGGCCUCCCCAGACCUAGAUGUUAAGCCAAAGCAUUGCAAAGUGCCAAAGAAAUGCCUGGCCAGCAGUGGGAUCCUCAUGGAGCAGUGGAAGCUGGUGGCAAAUGGGCAAAGCAGGAACACACCUGAGGUCUCCCCACCUUGUACCGACAGCAACAUCAUCCCGUGCUACCCCCCUCCAGCCUAUGGUGACUACCACGAACCUCAGGGCCUCAACCUCUCACUGCUGGGUAUUAACUAUCCGUUGAACCCCAGUCUCUUCUCCUACCUGAGCCCCACCAUGGCCAACAGUGCUACGACACACCCGCACGUGGCUCAGCUGCCCUUCCUGGCCUCCACGGCCCAGCUGAUGCACCCGCAUGCCUCCCACUUCCAGCCUCUGCAGAGCCCUGAGCGCUCAGCCUUCCUCCCCCGCUUCUACUACCCCUUGCUCUUCGAGCACACCUUCGGCUCCAAUGAAAGCAAGAUGUCCUCCAGCAAGCCAGAAGCCCCGCAGCUGGCAGGCUCUGUCAUGCCCAUGCCGCCCCAAGCCAAGCCCCCCAGUGAGCCCCCCAAACCAGGGCUGCUGAAGGUACCAAUUGUGAAGACAAGUUUUCCUUGGUCGAAAGGAGUCCGAGAGGAGCCAGCCUCUGAGCUCAGCCACCCGGCCAUGCUGGGGCAGGAAGAAGGGGAAAAAUGGCUGUCCCAAGAGAAGGAGAGCAACCCAACUUUGGGCCUCAACAAUCUACGCAAAAAGCCAGCCACUGACAUCUACCAAAACACGGUGGGGAUGAAGGAUGGCACUUUUGCCCCCAGCAGCAUCCGGAAGAUGGAGUUACCACUGGUGACCUGUCCGGAGACCAGUAGCCCUCCAGGCAACUCCCUGAAGAGGAAGUUCACUGCCAAUGGGCUGGAUUUGAUGGGACCUGAAAUGCUGAUGCCUGGAAAACUCAGCUACCAGAGCAGUGGUUCAAGGGCCAACCCUAGCCACAUCCCCAAGGUCCUGGACCACUGGCACACGGAGGUCCUCGCAGCCCGGCCUGAGGAACCGCAGAGAGGCAAUGACGCUGAAGUUCUUCCCUCUGUCCUGGACCACUGGCACACGGAGGUCCUCGCAGCCCGGCCUGAGGAACCGCAGAGAGGCAAUGACGCUGAAGUUCUUCCCUCUGCGGGUGCUGGCCUGGACCAUGGCCUCUGCAAGCAGAGCAGACCCCAAGAGACUUCUCCCACCGUGACAGAAUCUGAGGCCACAACCGUGCUUAUCGGGGACCUGUCCAAAACCUUAGAGGAGUACCAAGAGGUGGAGAAGAAACUGUCUGAUCUUGCCAAGGAGGACACACCUGGGCAAAAAGAGCUGAGGGACCAGCUAGUCAAAAUCCGAAGGGAGCUCUACCACAUUCACCAGGCACUGGAGAAAGCCACCAAACCGCACGAGGGUCCUCUGGACCUCUCUGUGAAGAGAUCCUCUGAAGGUCUGGAGAAGGUCCAGCAGGCCAAGAAGGAGCCCUGCAACGUGACCCUGGGAGGUGAGAAGCUCCACGGCAAAGACCAAGAGGCCCUCAACAAAUGUACCGCCACCGGGGAGGCCGGAGAUGCGGAGGGGCUGCCAAACUGCCUCCUCGAGGCUGAGAACAAAACCAUCGACCUGCUGAUCAAGAUGAGCCGCUCUGAGAGCCUCCGGGCAUCCUCCUCCGAGGCCCACCUGGGUGCCGUGAUCAAGGCUGAGGUCCUGCCGCUCACCGUGCCCCUGGAGCUCCGGCACGUGAUGGAGCCUUACUACAGCCGUACCACGAAGUGCGAGGCAGACUCCAGCGUCCUGCUCUGCUCCGACGGCAGAUCCAGCACCACCCAGGGCCCUCAGCUCCCGGUCACCACCGAGGAUGGGCCCCUGGGCUGCCGGGCCAUGCAGCGCUCCCUCUCCUGCAGCCUCCCCAGCGAGACGGACGCAGCGUGUGUCCACAGCCCUCUGCAUGCCGACCCCUAA